AGAAGUUUAACACCUACGUGACACUGAAGGUGCAGAAUGUCAAGAGCACAACCAUUGCGGUGCGGGGCAACCUGCCCUCCUGGGAACAGGACUUCAUGUUUGAGAUCAACCGGCUCGACCUGGGCCUGAUGGUGGAGGUGUGGAACAAGGGGCUCAUCUGGGACACCAUGGUGGGGACAGUGUGGAUCCCCCUCCGGACCAUCCGGCAGUCCAAUGAGGAGGGCCCUGGGGAAUGGCUCACACUCGACUCCCAGGUUAUCAUGACUGACAACGAGAUUUCAGGCACCAAGGACCCCACUUUCCACCGUAUCCUCCUUGACACCCGCUUUGAGCUGCCACUGGAUAUCCCUGAGGAGGAGGCCAGGUACUGGGCCAAGAAGCUGGAGCAGCUCAAUGCCAUGCGGGACCAGGAUGAUUAUGCCUUCCAAGAGGAGCAGGAAAAACCUCUGCCCGUUCACAGUUCCCAGUGCUGCAACUGGAAUUAUUUUGGCUGGGGAGAACAGCAGAACGAUGACCCCGACAGCAUGGUGGAUGACCGAGACAGCGAUUACCGCAGCGAGACCAGCAACAGCAUCCCGCCACCGUACUACACCACCUCCCAGCCCAAUGCCUCUGUCCACCAGUACCCCAUGAGGCACCAGCAGCAGGGCUCCCAUGACUCCUACACUGACUCCAUGCAGAGCUACGAGAUGGACUACUCAGACCAGCGUCCCAUCAGCCCCACUGGCAGCAGCCGCUACGCCUCAUCAGCCGAGCUGAGCCAGGGCAGCUCCCAGCUGAGCGAGGACUUUGAGAACGAGAGCCUGCGGGACUCGGAGCUGGAUGAGCGGGACGGAGACUCCUACCACUCCUGCCACAGCUCUGUCAGCUACCACAAGGACUCACCCCACUGGGAGGAGGAGGACGAUGACCUCUAUCUGGAGGAGGAGGAAGAGUUCAAUGAGGAUUACAGUGAGAAUGAGGAAGGCUACCCCAAGGAGGAGGAGGAGGAGCUGCAGGAGCAGGGCACCUAUGAAACCCCCAAGCAUGAUGCUUACCCCCCACUGCAGAAAGCCCCUGGGCAGCAGCAGCAACAGCUCCCACAGCAUCAGCCACAGCAACCCCAGCUGGUCCCACAGAUGAAGCUUCAGCAGCAGGAGAGGAAGGAGGAGAAGGACACCUCUGCCCACCAGGAAACCUCAGAGGCCCCGCAGGCCCAGCAGGGAGCAGACGAAGCUCCCCUGCAAGAGGUGGCCCCCGAGCCCGAGUCCCCGAAACCAUCUGAGAGGCAAUUUUCUUCACAGGAGGAGCAGUCAGAGGUGGAAGUGCAGGACCCGAAAGCACGAGCCAAAGCCAACUGGCUGAGAGCCUUCAACAAGGUCUGCAUGCAGCUGCAGGAGGCCCGCGGGGACGGUGAUGGAGAAGCUAAAUCCCUAUGGUUCAAAGGCGGGCCUGGUGGCGGGCUGAUCAUUAUAGACAGCAUGCCGGACAUACGCAAGCGAAAACCCAUCCCCCUAGUUAGCGAUUUGGCAAUGUCUCUGGUCCAGUCCAGGAAAGCAGGAAUCACGUCCGCACUGGCCUCGAGCACCCUGAACAAUGAGGAGCUGAAAAACCAUGUUUACAAGAAGACCCUGCAAGCCUUAGUGUAUCCCAUCUCCUGCACGACGCCCCACAACUUUGAGGUGUGGACGGCCACAACCCCCACCUACUGCUAUGAGUGCGAGGGGCUGCUCUGGGGCAUUGCCCGGCAGGGCAUGCGCUGUGCCGAGUGUGGAGUCAAGUGCCAUGAGAAGUGCCAGGACCUACUCAAUGCUGACUGCCUGCAGAGGGCGGCGGAGAAGAGCUCCAAGCAUGGAGCGGAGGACCGGACCCAGAAUAUCAUCAUGGUGCUCAAGGACCGCAUGAAGAUACGGGAGCGCAACAAGCCAGAGAUAUUUGAGCUGAUCCAGGAGGUGUUUGGGGUCACCAAGACCACGCACACGCAGCAGAUGAAGGCAGUGAAGCAAAGUGUCCUGGACGGCACCUCUAAAUGGUCAGCCAAGAUCAGCAUCACAGUUGUUUGUGCCCAGGGCCUGCAAGCAAAGGAUAAGACGGGUUCCAGUGACCCCUAUGUCACUGUCCAGGUUGGAAAGACAAAAAAAAGGACUAAAACUAUCUACGGCAAUCUCAACCCAGUCUGGGAGGAGAAUUUCCAUUUUGAGUGCCAUAACUCCUCCGACCGCAUCAAGGUCCGUGUCUGGGAUGAAGAUGAUGACAUCAAGUCGCGUGUCAAGCAGCGCUUCAAGAGGGAGUCCGAUGACUUCCUGGGCCAGACAAUCAUUGAGGUCCGGACCCUGAGCGGGGAGAUGGACGUCUGGUACAACCUCGACAAGCGGACAGACAAGUCGGCAGUGUCAGGAGCCAUCCGACUGCACAUCAGUGUGGAGAUCAAAGGCGAGGAGAAGGUGGCUCCCUACCACGUGCAGUAUACCUGUCUGCACGAGAACUUGUUCCACUUUGUAACGGAUUUGCAAAACAAUGGAGUAGUGAAGAUCCCUGAUGCCAAGGGGGAUGAUGCCUGGAAGGUGUACUUUGACGAGACAGCGCAGGAGAUCGUGGAUGAGUUUGCCAUGCGCUAUGGGGUCGAGUCUAUCUACCAGGCCAUGACGCAUUUUGCCUGCCUUUCCUCCAAAUACAUGUGCCCGGGGGUACCGGCAGUGAUGAGCACCCUGCUAGCCAACAUCAACGCCUACUAUGCCCACACCACGGCUUCCACCAACGUCUCGGCCUCUGACCGCUUUGCCGCCUCCAAUUUCGGGAAGGAACGGUUCGUCAAACUCCUUGACCAGCUGCACAACUCCUUGCGGAUUGACCUCUCCAUGUACCGGAACAACUUCCCUGCCAGCAGUCCAGAACGGCUGCAGGAUCUCAAGUCCACGGUGGAUUUGCUGACCAGCAUCACCUUCUUUCGGAUGAAGGUCCAGGAGCUGCAGAGCCCCCCCCGAGCCAGCCAGGUGGUGAAGGACUGUGUGAAAGCCUGCCUCAACUCCACCUAUGAGUACAUCUUCAACAACUGUCAUGAGCUCUACAGUCGCGAGUACCAGACGGACCCGACUAAGAAAGGCGAGGUACCUCCUGAGGAGCAGGGCCCCAGCAUCAAAAACCUGGACUUCUGGUCUAAGCUCAUCACCCUGAUAGUCUCCAUUAUCGAGGAGGACAAGAACUCCUACACGCCCUGCCUGAACCAGUUCCCCCAGGAACUGAAUGUGGGAAAGAUCAGUGCCGAGGUGAUGUGGAACCUCUUUGCUCAGGACAUGAAGUACGCAAUGGAAGAGCACGACAAGCAUCGCCUGUGCAAGAGCGCAGACUACAUGAACCUGCAUUUCAAGGUGAAGUGGCUGUACAAUGAGUAUGUCACUGAGUUGCCUUCCUUCAAGAGCCGUGUGCCCGAGUACCCUGCUUGGUUUGAGCCCUUCGUUAUCCAGUGGCUGGAUGAGAAUGAAGAGGUGUCACGGGAUUUCCUGCAUGGAGCGUUGGAGCGGGACAAGAAGGAUGGGUUCCAGCAGACGUCAGAGCACGCACUCUUCUCUUGCUCCGUGGUGGAUGUCUUCUCUCAGCUCAACCAGAGCUUCGAGAUCAUCAAGAAGCUUGAGUGCCCUGACCCCCAGAUUGUUGGGCACUACAUGCGAAGGUUUGCCAAGACCAUCAGCAAUGUGCUACUCCAGUAUGCUGAGAUCAUCUCCAAGGAUUUUGCCUCCUACUGCUCCAAGGAGAAGGAGAAAGUGCCCUGCAUCCUGAUGAACAACAUCCAGCAGCUCCGUGUCCAGCUCGAGAAGAUGUUUGAGGCCAUGGGUGGGAAGGAGCUGGACACAGAAGCUAGUGAUAUCCUCAAGGAACUGCAGGUGAAGCUCAACAAUGUCCUGGAUGAGCUGAGCCGAGUCUUUGCCACCAGUUUCCAGCCGCACAUUGAGGAGUGUGUGAAGCAGAUGGGCGACAUUCUGGGCCAGGUGAAGGGCACCGGCAAUGUCCCUGCCAGCACGUGCAGCAGCGUGGCACAGGAUGCUGACAACGUCCUGCAGCCCAUCAUGGACCUCCUGGACAGCAACCUGACACUCUUUGCCAAGAUCUGUGAGAAGACAGUACUGAAGCGGGUGCUGAAGGAGCUCUGGAAGCUGGUGAUGAACACAAUGGAGAAGACCAUCGUCCUGCCUCCACUCACUGAUCAGACG